AUGCACUUUGUUCUUCUCACGUCUGCCGCUCAGCAGAUCCUUGCUCUGUCAACACAGGACGUGUGUUCCUGCGGGUGGGCAGGGAGAGCAGGAGCAGCUUCAAGCAUCCCGGGAAAAAUCCAUGGAGAUUUUGUUUCUCAGUUACCAAAUUCAGUGACACAGUUUCUUAUUGGGGUCUUCACAAAUGGCUUCAUCUUGGUGGUGAAUGCGGUGGACCUCAUCAAACAGAGACAAAUGGCUCCUUUGGAUCUGCUCAUUUCCUGCCUGUUGGUACUUGCUGAACUUUAUAUAAUUUUCAUGUUUGUAAAUAUUUUGGGGCUUUGGCUGGCCACAUGGCUUGGUGUUUUCUACUGCACCAAGAUCUCCACCAUCCCGCAUCCACUGUUCUUCUGGCUGAAGAUGAGGAUUUCCAAGUUGGUGCCCUGGCUGAUCCUGGCGUCUACAUUGUAUGCAUCUAUCAGUACUGGCAUCCAGGCAAAACUUGCAUGGACUAUUAUUCAAAAACUUGUGGUCAAAGUUUUCUCCAAAAAUGCAACUCAAGCCAAAGAAAUGAACCUUGUACCACAUUCAGUUUUGAUUUUUCAUCUUAUAUUACCAUUGUUUAUCUUCCUCUUGGCUAUUCUGCUCUUAAUUUUUUCACUGGGGAAACAUGCUCAGCAGAUGAAAAGCACUGCUAUGGGAAACAGGCAUCCCAUCAGGGGCGCCCCCAUCAGGGCAAUGCUGUCCAUCCUGUCCUUCCUAAUCCUCUACUCCACUCACUACAUGAUGGUUAUAUUUUUCUCUUUCAAAGUGCUGCAGUUUGGAAGCUUCCUCUUUGAGUUCUGCAUCUUCGUGGCUGGCAUCUACCCAUGUAUACACUCUGUCAUCUUAAUUUUAGGAAACCCUAAACUGAAAGAAAAUGCAAAGAAGUUCCUGUGGUCAGUGUGGUCAGUGAGAAGGAUUUGCAGCAGUAGAUAG